AUGUGCGCAGAAAAUCCUCCCCAGCUCCCUUUAAAGGAGCUAGAGGCAGACACCAUUCUAGAAAGUAACAACCCCCCAACUGAAGGUGCCCCAAACUCCCCAAACUCACCAGUCGAAAAGCCUGGCGAUGAUGAGCCAAGCCCAAAAGUUCUCGACUCAAACCUUUCAGACUCGCCACCAGAUCCUAUCCCUCAACCAUCCGAGGAAAUCCUCCAUCUAGGUGCCCUCGAAGAACUCAUCAGUCUCACCUACUCCGGACUCAGAACCCGAACAAAUUCGAUUAUGAAAUCAGAUACAGAAAGACUAACCGGUCGACAAUCAAUAAUCUCAAUGAACCGUAGCAGCACCCGACUUGAAUACAAAUGUCAAUAUCUCGAGGAUCGCCACGACAUGUUUCUAGCACAUUGCCCGUUCAUCCACCGUGCGAUGGAUAAACUAAAGCUAAAUCCCUCGUUCCGACCUUUCUUCCUCUGCAAAAGAGAAAAAUCUUACACAAAAUUUACGCUACUUAUACUCGGCAAAGUUUCAAAAUCAGUCAAAGAAACUCGAGCAAAGUUUAAGAGACUUGAAACCGGUGACCUUGCAUCGAUUACGAUCAGAGGCACCCGCCAAGUUAUUACAGAAGAUAGUUUACCAACUUUUUGGACGUUUCUAUUGAGAAUCGAGUUCAAGCUGGAAAUCAGCUGGACAGUAUAUUAUCGCAGGAUGAAGUACCUAACUAAAGAGAAGCUUGGAAUAACGAGGCUAUUAUCUGCUUGUCGACGAUUGAAAGCCAUUCAGAGGGAUAGGAUAUGGGUAGCUGAAGAAAACCUGUGUAUAUGCUGUGAUCAGGAGUGGGAGCCCGAGAUUUGGGCGCAGCUUGGCCUUCCGGCAAUCAGUCUUCCAGCUGGCUCCCAAGGAUUUACACCUCUCUAA